AUGGCAAGCGCACUGAGUAUUGAUUCAAGCCUAUUCGGCUCAGCAGCGAUAUCAGAUGAAACGCAUGCUUUCAAUCAGUCAUUGAUGGAUAUCAUGUCCAAAGGACCCAAGUGGUAUGAGGUUGGUGCCAAAAGGUAUCGAGAGAUGCGGGCUGCAGGCGAAACACCCUUGCCCAAGGCCACGUAUUUGGACGCAGCAGAGCAAACGAGCAUUCCAUCUCGGGACAAAGGUCGUUCAAUUCCGUGUCGAAUUCUACGCCCGCAGAAUGGGAAACCGAUAAAAGCGGUGUUUCUCCACAUCCACGGAGGCGGCUGGGUGUUACAAGAUGAAAAAUCCCAGGACCCCUUCUUGCAGGACAUUGCCGACAAGACAGGCGUUCUGGCGUUCUCAGUUGGCUAUCGACUGGCACCUGAGCAUCCUUUCCCGGCCGGGCCCAAUGAUUGUUACGAUGCGGCAGAGUGGUUGAUCGACAACGCACAGGAGCAGUUUGGAGCUCCCCUGGGUUUCGUUGGCGGCGAAAGUGCUGGUGGACAUCUUGGUGCGUUGGUCGCCCUGCAUCUCCUACAACAUGCAGAUACUCGUUACGCGCAAUUCCGAUUCAAGGGUCUUCUCCUACACUUCGGGUGUUAUUCCAUGAUCUGGACACCUUUCGUGUAUAACUUCCAGAAGUCGGAGAUCUUGGUACUGGAUCGGGACUUGAUGGACCACUACAUUAAAGUGUUCCUGCCAGGAAUGACAGACGAGGAGAAACGGCAUCCCUCUGUCAGCCCCUUGUUUGCGGACUUGGAAAAGCUCAGGGGUAAAUUACCCCCAGCGCUAUUCACCUGUGGCACCGAGGACUGUCUUUUGGACGAUACCAUGUUCAUGAGUACGAAGUGGUUGAUGGCGGGUGGUGAGGCGGUGGUCAAAAUCAUUCCCGGGGGUCCCCAUGGGUACAUCAUGUUUCCACGUGCCACGAAGGGCAGUGGAGCGGACGAGGGAUUGAAUACAGUAGAGGACUUCAUGCUUUCGAAAUUAGGAGGAUAG